AUUGCUGUCCUAUCACACUUUCUUCAGACUCAGAGAGAGAGAGAGAGAGAGAGAGAGAGUAUUGGAUGAGAAGAUGUGAGUUCGUACUCUUUAUCUCUCUCUCUCUCUCUCUCUCUCUCUUCUUCUGCAGUUGAGAAUCUGAGCCAGGCCCUCCUCAACUUGCAGUCUUGAUUUUGUUUGCAUUUUUUUUUUCUUUUUCUGGAUGAUCUGCUAGUGUUUCCAAGACUAGUUUUUUAAUGGGGUUCUCUGUUUUUUAAUCUAUAUGGCGUAGGAUCAGAGAUCACUGUUUAGUUUUUGUUUGGUACUUCUCUGUGGUGGGUCUUCUGCCAGUUAUGGAAGUUUGGUGUAGGUGUGGCUUUUUUAGAACGCAUAUAAUAUAGGCAGCACUGUUGACUAGUAAAAUGUGAAGGGGGGAAAGUUGAGGAGGCCGGAAGUGGCUGCUCUUUCUGGUAGGUACCCUGUUUCUUUCCUUUCACUUUGCUCUCUCUCUCUCUCUCUCUCUCUCUCUCUCUCUCUCUCAACACUGCAGAUGGACUGUCGUCAAUUUUUUGCUGCUUUUAUUAGAGAAAUGAUAGUUGGGAUGAGGCUGGAUGAGUUGAAGAGAUCACAGUGCAGAGGAUAUUUUGUAAAUUCAAUUGAAAAAUUGAAUAUGAUUUAUUUAGAAAGGUGAAGAGAAGAUGGAUAUUGAAAAUUUUGAGGUUUUGGCGAGGUGGGUAUUUUAGAUCUGGAAGCAUAUAGACUUCUUAGAUAUUGAAAUCUGCAGAUGAUUUGUAUGGUUUCAAAUGGGCGCGUGUUUCUUUGAAUAUUCUAGAUUUUUGUUUUCAAAAAAUUGAAUAUCUUUACUUCGGUUUUGUGAGAUCAAAACCCUUUUGUGAACACGGAGAGAAAAAGGGGGAACUACUUGGAGAGAGAUGGUUUAGACGAUUGAUUUUGGGUGCAAUGUUCAGAGUAUUAGCUCUUGGAUUUUUUAUUUGUUCUUUUGUUGUCUGUAUUUCUGCCAUUGAUGAUGGAUUCUCCCAUUGUAACUGCGAGGAUGAGAGCCUCUGGAGCUUGCACAGCAUUUUAGAGUGCCAGAAAGUGAGCGAUUUCUUGAUAGCAGUAGCCUAUUUUUCAAUCCCCAUUGAACUUUUAUACUUCGUUAGCUUUUCCAACUUUCCAUUCAAAUGGGUCCUCCUUCAAUUCGUCGCCUUCAUAGUCCUCUGUGGGUUGACCCAUCUGCUCAAUGGCUGGACCUACUAUGGCCCUCAUUCAUUCCAGUUAAUGCUGGCUCUCACCAUUGCCAAAUUCCUCACAGCAUUGGUGUCGUGUGCAACAGCGAUAACCCUUUUAACUCUAAUUCCUCUGCUUCUCAAGGUGAAAGUGAGAGAGCUUUUCUUGAAGCAAAAUGUGUUGGAGCUUGGCCAAGAGGUUGGGAUGAUGAAGAAGCAGAAGGAAGCUAGCUGGCAUGUUAGAAUGCUGACCAGGGAAAUUAGGAAGUCGCUAGAUAAGCACACCAUCUUGUAUACUACUUUGGUAGAGCUUUCAAAGACAUUGGAUCUACAGAACUGUGCAGUUUGGAUGCCAAAUGCAAGUAAAACAAUCAUGAACCUCACGCAUGAGUUGAAAUCAAGUUCUUCAAAAAAUUACCACGUUUCUAUCCCAAUAGAUGAUCCGGAUGUUAUAGAGAUAGAAAAGAGCAAGGGAGUGAGGAUUUUGAGGCCUGAUUCGGCACUUGGGGCUGCAAGUAGCGGUCGGGACAGUGGGUCAGGUGCUGUGGCAGCAAUUCGAAUGCCGAUGCUUCGUGUUUCAAAUUUCAAAGGAGGCACUCCUGAGUUGGUCAAGACAUGUUACGCCAUUCUGGUUUUGGUUCUUCCUAGUGAAAAUUCUAGAAUGUGGAGUUAUCCAGAAAUGGAGAUAGUGGAAGUGGUGGCUGAUCAAGUGGCUGUGGCUCUCUCCCAUGCUGAUCUUCUUGAGGAGUCUCAGCUAAUGAGAGAUAAACUCAGAGAACAAAACCGUGCAUUACAACAGGCUAAAAAGAAUGCAAUGAUGGCAAGCCAGGCAAGGAAUUCGUUUCAGAAAGUAAUGAGCCAUGGAUUGAGGAGGCCAAUGCACUCAAUCUUGGGCUUGCUUUCCUUGUUUCAAGAAGAGAAUAUGAGUUUUGAUCAGAAGAUCAUUGUUGACACAAUGGUAAAAACGAGCAGUGUUCUCUCAACUUUGAUAAAUGAUGUAAUGGAGAUCUCAGCAAAGGACAAUGGAAGGUUUCCACUAGAGAUCAAGCCUUUUCAGCUACAUUCCAUGAUUAAGGAAGCUUCUUGUCUUGUCAAAUGCUUAUGUGUCUAUAAAGGAUUUGGUUUUGCAGUUGAUGUGCAGAGCGCUUUGCCUGAUCAUGUAAUGGGGGAUGAGAGAAGGGCUUUCCAAGUUAUUCUACAUAUGGUUGGGUAUCUAUUGAAUGUAUAUGAAGGAGUAGGUUCUGUCAUGUUUCGGGUGUUUCCAGGUGGCGGAAGUGCAGGUAAGAAUGAUAAAAUGUGGGGAAUGUGGCAAAACAUGACUGAUGGAUAUGUGGGCAUCAGGUUUGAAAUUGAGAUCAUUGAUGGAGGUUCUGAAUUGGAUGAUUCAACAUCCAUGACUUGUUUUUCUGGCAUGCGAUACAACAGUAGAGAAAUUAAGGAAGGUCUCAGCUUUAGCUUCUGCAAAAAGCUUGUUCAGAUGAUGCAAGGUAACAUCUGGGUAUCGUCAAGUUCUCAAAAUCGAGCACAAAGCAUGACACUCAUUCUCAGAUUUCAAAUUCAAUCACCAUUAGGAAGAGCCAUGGUUGAAGCCGGGUAUUCCACUGACCGAUCAAAUUCGAACUCUAUGUUCAGAGGCCUUCGAGCUAUAUUAGCAGAUGAUGACGACGUAAACCGAAGCGUGUCCAAGAAAUUGCUUGAAAAGCUGGGUUUCCAAGUAUCAGCUGUUUCAUCUGGGUUUGAAUGCCUGAGUUCUCUGGGCCCUGCUGGAACUGCUUUUCAAAUUAUUCUGUUGGAUCUUCACAUGCCAGAAAUGGAUGGAUUUGAAGUGUCAAAGAGAAUAAGGAAGCUUCGGAUUCAGAACCCACCGUUGAUUAUAGCCUUGACAGCAAGUGCCGAGGAAAAUGUGUGGGAAAGAUGUCUGCAGAAUGGAAUGAAUGGUCUAAUUAGAAAACCUGUGCUAUUACAAGGAAUGGCUGAUGAGCUUGGGAGAGUCCUGGUACGAGCAAAUGAAGGUAUGUGAAGAAGCCAAUUGUCAGGAUGGCUCUUUGAUGAGCUAAGUGUUCACUCUUCAAGAUUGUGACACAGCAUUGUGCAACUCAGCAUUAACACUCAAUAGUACAAAAAAUGCAUCUGUGGUUUCAUUGACCA